AUGUCCCAACAGGGAAGAAAGAAGAGAGUAAGUUUUCAUGAUCUAGUAGAAGAAAUAAACAUAGAGGAAACUAAAUCUGGCACAAGUUGUUAUGUUCAACUCUCUCCUGGCGACGUUGAAUACUCCCUUAGUGCUUACACUAGAACCAAGAGCGGAGCUGGUUCAUCAAGUUUUGUCCCUAGAUCUCCAGGGAACAAUGCUUCCAGAAUCAAACCAAGCAAUAUGAGAAGCUACCUGUUCAAGAAGGAGAAGGAAGUAUUGAUUCAGCAUUCUACUUCAGUUGAUGAAGGUAAUCAUGCUUCUCUACCCCCAGCAGUUAGCUCGCGUAAGAGAAGUAGGACCAUCCUUCCUGUAGGAUUUCUUAACAUGUCGAACGGCGGAAAGAAAGAGGAUAUAUGUGUGAGGAGAACAAGAAAGACAGAUAAUACGAAUCUUAAAAUAAUUGACUCCAAGAUUAAUCAGGACCUGGACCUGGAAGAAGAAGUUACGGUGUUUCAGCAGAACGAAGUCGAAGAGAAAGAAGUUUCGAUAAUUGAACAGGAGAACGGGAGAGGAGAAGAAGAUGUAAGGAUGAAACAGAGGAAAGUGAGCGGAGAAGAAAAUGUAAAUAGUAAUCAGAAGAAAGUGAGAGGAAAAGAAGAUACAGUGAUUUAUCAGAACGAAGUUGAAGAGGAAGAAGUUUCGAUAAUUGACCAGAAGAAAGUGAGAGGAAAAGAAAUUGCGAAGAUUAAACAGAAGAAAUUGGAAGGAAACAAGGUUGAGAAGAUAGUAUCCCCAGAUCUGUUGCUUGAUAACUGUACCUUUGAUGGUUGCAAUAGAAGUUUCAGAACCAAUGCUGGGCUUUCACAACAUCUCAGGAGUCAUUUUAAGGAUGAGCUGAAGCAAGAACGUAAGCAGGAAAAACGUAUAGGACGUAAAACAGUUUUCUCCUGUAAUCUGUGCUUUAAGCAGUUUAAUCUCAAGUGUUUCCACAAGAUUCACUUCAUGACUAAACACAAGGAGUAUGUAGAGUAAUCAUGUUUCUUGGUGAUACAUCCGCUGUUGCCAUUUUUUUAGUGUAAAGCUGCUCUCUGAAGUUGCUGAUAGUUAACAUUUAAAUAUGUACAAAGAAAAUUUUAUGUAAAAUUUGGCUAAUUUUUUUAAAGGGAAAAAUAAAUAAGU